AUGCACUGCCAAUCUGUCAAUAUGCACUGGCAAUGCAUAUCGGAACACACCCUACACUCUAUAUAAACAGUUACAUUGUGGUACUUUGUCUUUGUCCCAGAAGAGGACGGAAAUCCAUAGAGGAAAGAAGAAGAAGAAGAUAUCUCGCAGUUUCUUGAAUAAUUAUCAAUACAUAUUUAUAUUAUAUAUAAACGCAUACAUAUAUACGUAAAUGUACUGCGAAUUUAAAUAAGAUAAAACAGAGUGAAUUGUGUAUAAAUACGCUCAUUUUUUGUACCAGAAAUUGUGACUUUGUUUAAUCUCUUAUUGCAUAUCUUUAUUUGUGUUCAAUUACAUAGAGCUCACAAAUAAAGGCUACAUAUAUGUGUUCGUUCAACUCUCCUAUACAUAAUCGAGUUUUAUAUAUUUUACACAGAAUGCAAAUUCCAAGUUUGUGUGAAUACUUACAUUUUAAUCAUUUGGCGUAUAAAUACUGAAAAAAGUAAGUGAAUCAUCAUUGAUGUCGUCGAAUUCUUUAACACGAGCACUGCCUAAUGAAGUAUUCUUCAGAAACGUCAAUGGGGAAUGGCUAGCACUGGAAGAGAAAGAAAGCUUGAAUCUGUCGAGUGCUGACAAUAUUAUACAUUUUUCAUUGCGAAGGGACAAAUAUUUUAAUGUCAAUUUGUGUUUAGUUUUAUUUUUUUGUGCAGCUCUCUAUAUAUUGAUUGUACCUGAAACUUUAAUUCCUUUCAUUAUAAUAGGGUGCAUUUUGACGCAAUAUAAUUCAUUUUUCGCUUCUGCAAGGCAGGAUACAUUGUUGGUUGUAAAAUCAGUAGGUAUACAUAUUAAAAGUAGAAGAGAGUUUGGCAUUUUUACAUCUAUAGAAUUCUUGCCAUGGGAUACAGUAGAAGAUAUAUUUAUUAAUGAAGUUAUAAAAGGACAAAGAGUGCUUUAUUAUCUUACAUUUAUUGUAAAAGAAUCAGCUGAUAGACAGAAUUCAAGAAGAUUAGUUCCAUUGUUUCAAGAUUUACUACCUGAAAGAAAAUGCCUGGAAUAUAUGUACGGACGCUUAGCCAAUUUGAUUGGCUCAACCAAGAGAAGGAGAGUCUCUUAACCAUUCCUGGUUCUUACUGGCUAUGUCAUAAGAAGAACAUAUACAAGUUUAUCUUUAAAUAUCACCGUUCAGUGAAGAAUACUAUGCAAUUUUCGUAUGGCCGAGAAUUAUUAAAAAUUGUUAGAAGAAUCAUAAAAUGUCAUCCAAGUCAAGGUCAACAGUUCGGCACGCCACAUCUUCUUGUCACUUACAAUUGUACAUCUUGGACCCGCCAAGAUAAAAUGUUUGCAAUACUGAAGUUCCAGCAACGAACUAAUGCUGCAACAUUUUCACAUGCAUUUGUAUUAACUAUAAGGAUCUAUCCUUCCUCGGAACAUUCAUUGUUCAGCUUAAAAUAUCCUAUUGUUAAAGAAGCUGAUGCAGGUACUACAUUUAAAGAUUUAAAUGUUUCCUUGGAUACCAAAGAGAAAAUUACUAAAACUAUGAUAUAUACCACAGACAAAGUGUCUCCAAAAAAGACUGCAAUAUAUCAAAACAAGGAAGAUCAAAUUUCAAAAUAUAGUGCAAUUGAGGACACAUUCAACAAAACAUCAGAAACAAAAGUUUCCGGUUUUCAAGAUGACAUUUUGAAGAAUUCUGAACAUUUUGAUGAAAGUUUAAAUCCGACAAUUAAAAGUGCACAAACUGCAGCUGAAGUGCAUUUUAUUAAUACAGAAUUUCAAGAUAACAUAAACGAAAAUAAAUCUACUAACUGUAAUAUUAGAAAAUGUGGAAGAAAGGUGGAUCAACAUUCUGUUGAUCAUAUAAGAAAACAAUCCUUAAGAGCAACAAAGAAGAUGGAUAAAAUUCCUAUUGAAAAGAUAGAUGAUAGAAAUAAAGAAACGAAAUCAAUAGUAAUACAAAAACCAAAUCAAGAAAUACAAAAUAUCCGGAAAAACAAAAUAUUUUCUUCACUUAAAUCAGGAAUGAUAAAAGAUGAUGUUGAUAAAUGGACAUUAUCAAAUGGAUUCGGUUUUUAUGAAAAUUCAAUGGAAAAAAAUAUUUGCUCUUUAAAUAAUAAAGAUAUUUUAGAUGACCGUGGAAAGACGAUCAGUGAGACUAUUGUAAACUCUGAUAAUGUACCAGAUCAGUAUUUUAUUGAGAAAGAAGUACAAUAUAAAAAGAGAUCAAAUACUCCAUUCUCAGCUAUCAAUCAGCCAAUGCAAAGAGAUUCUCCAACUGAGAUAAACAAUAUAAAUGAACACUCCAUUCUAGAAGUGACGAAAAGAAAUAACAAUGAGUCUAAACACACAAAAUUGAAAGAACAUUGUAAUGAGAUAACAGAUUUAAAAUCUCAAAAAAAUUACAAGCAACAUACUACAAUCUCGAUUAGUACUGACAAUCAAUUAUCAGUAAACAAUACGUGUAAUAAGUCUUACAAAAUACGUAAACAAAAAAGCAGGGAAUCCGAGAGAAAAACUAUAUCCGACGACAAGGUUUUGCGUUCGUCUAAUAUUACCGAUUUAGUAAUGGAAGGCUUAAUGUUCACUAUACGACAAGAUCAGGACAGUGUAGCUGUCAUUGAACAAAAAACUAAACUGGAAAUGGAUGAAGUAUUAGAGAAUUCUGAGAAAGUUGAGACAAAAGCUGGAGAGAAGUGUUUGUUAAAUUCAAGUCUAUUGCGACUUGAAAAUUUGGUAACAAUGAUUGACUCACCGCUUGAGCAUAAUAAAGACCAGCAAGAUAAAACUAUUUGCCAUGCAAUUUGUAAUAACACAUGCUUAUCGUCGUUUAAUAUUUUUCCUGACAGUCCUGUAUAUAAUUUAGAUGUUAAUAGUAUAGAUGACAAAAUGGAUAAAUUAAAUAUUCCUACAAGUUAUGACAAACACAAUGUUAUAGAUUAUUUAAAUCCAUGUGAAUCUCAAGGGCAGCGUAAAUGUACGUCCUCUAGUAUUAAAAAUAAUAAUGGUUGUUUAACAAGAGAAAUGAUAACAGAAAGAAGCGAGCAAUUAAUGGAACAACAAGAUGAUGAACAUAAUAGAGAGGAUAGAAACAAUAUCGAAACGGUAAAAGAGCAAAGGAAAGAUUUUAGUCCUCAAGUUUUUCAACCUAUAUUAUUUUCAUCUGAGAAAAAGAAUGCAGGACUGCAAAAUAGAGACUUACUGACAGAUAAUACAGAUAUUGAAGAAACGAGCAAGCAUGAAAUGUCUGUGAAAAGAUUUUAUAAUUCUUCGCUAUCAUCCUCUUUAUCAAGUCCAAGGAAGAUGUUUACAAAGAAGGAAAAUUUUAUAAAUUCUGAAGAGUCUGGUUCGACCAAAUUGUUUCGACAAGAGACAAAUGGUCCAAGAAUAGUUUCAGACAAGGCAAUUACCAUCGAACAAAUGCCAUUGGCUCUGCAAAAGGUUAUACAACACACGUGUAAAACGCGCAGACCUUCGACAUCCAAUAACGAGAUACUACAACAUGAACAAAAAACACAGUAUACCAUAUUGACAGAGAAUGCGGCUUCCGAGACAGCUAUCUCAUUCAUAGAUAAGAAUAUAAAUUCCAAUAUAAAAAGUAAUUUGUCUGUCGAAUUUAAAAUUGAUUCUGAAGAAAUAAAAAGCUACAAGAAUGAAUCUUGCAUAACAAUCAAUAAAGAUACUCUAGAGACUAAUGAAGAUGUAUGUGUGAAGAAUACAAAAGAAAAAAAAAACGAAAGUGAUCGCACUUCACGAAGAAAUUCGUCGUCGAAGAACGGUUUGCCAAGAAAAUUACAAGACAUUACAGAAGACUUUUACUAUGACUUGUUGCAUGCACGUAACAAAGACAAUGCCAUUCGGCAAAGGUGUCUUAGGCAAAGACAAAGAUCUUUGAAUAAUCCCGAUAAUAUUAGAAACGGCAAAGUACGCAUAGAAAUGUCAAAAUUUAUUCAAGACAUUACAGAAGGUGCUAGAGUGGUGGUGAGACGGCUUAAUAUAGACAAAUAAAUCCAAUUUGUUGGAGAAAAGUUUUACUUUAGCAAUAUGUAUGCAUUAGAAACUUGGUGUUGGAGAGAGGAUCCACAUGGAAAUAGUUUAUUAUAUUCAUAAACAUACAUAUUUUAUUGUAUAUUCUCAUGAAUACUGCAUAUAUUCCAAAUCAUGAUAGAUUGUAAAUAAGGUGAUUGUAACUUCUUAUUUUUAUCUCUUAACUCCAACUCAAUCGGCUAAUAAAUAAAUGUGGUUAUCGCUGAUAUAAAUUGUGUACAUUUUAAAAAUGCUUAUGUAUGCAACUUAAAUCUCGCACGCGCACGUGUGUAUGUGAAAUGUAAGUUAAUGAAAUUAUAUUAUAUUGUCUUUUUAUAUGAAAA